AUGGAGUCUCUCGAGGCUCCUUUGCCGCCGCAGGUGGCCCUUGACGCUGACUCGCUGGCCCAACUCAACAAUCCCGAGUCGAAGGCGCUACUCGACACCAUUGAUAGUCUUCGGGAGAUCCACGUUGGCGACAUUGUCAACUUGCCCCAAAUCAUCGUCGUUGGCGACCAGUCGUCGGGCAAGAGUUCGGUGCUGGAAGCCAUCUCGCGAGUGCGCUUCCCCGUCGACGGCGAUUUGUGCACGCGCUUUGCCACGGAGCUCGUUCUGCGCCGUGCCAACGAGACGGCCGUGCAGGUCAGCAUCCAGUUCGCCGACGGCACACCUGAUCCGGCCGGGCGCGGGGACACUAGUAUAGACCCGCCAUUCCUCAGGGAGACAUUCAACAGGGAGGCCUUGCCCGACAUCAUUCGCGAUGCCAAGGCGCGCAUGGGCAUCCGCGAGGGGAGCACGAAGAGAUUCUCACGAGACAUCUUGCGCGUAGAGAUCUCUGCCCCAGACGUGUACCCCCUGACCCUGGUCGACCUUCCUGGUAUCUUCCACAGUGCGACGGCCGACCAGAACCAGGCCGACAAGGAGAUUGUCGAUCAGCUGGUGGCGAGCUACAUGAGCCAGCCAAAGAGCAUCAUCCUCGCCGUCGUGGCCGCAAACAACCAGCUCGCCAACCAGGCGGUUCUGCAGGUAGCCCGGAGACACGACCCGUCCCGCGAGCGCACCAUCGGCGUCAUCACCAAACCCGACCUGGCCGGACCCGGGUCGGCCAACGAGCGCAAGUACCUGGACUUGGCCAAGGGCCUCGAGAGUAUGCAUAAGCUCACCCUCGGCUGGUACGUGCUGCGCAACCCGUCUGAGAGCGAGAGGUCCUCGGGAGAUGACGCCCGAGACGCCAUCGAACAGCGCUUCUUCGAGUCUGGCGCUUGGAGCUCCGUCCUCCCGGCGAACAGGGGCGUCGAAAGCCUACGGAAGCGCCUGAGCAAAGUCCUUCUGGACCAUAUCAGAACCAAUUUACCGGGCCUGAUCCAUGACAUUGAAGCUAAUUUAAGGACGCGCCAGGAGGCGCUGGAUCGACUUGGAAGUUCGCGGUCGACGACCGAGGAGCUCCGCUCGUACCUGCUCGGCAUCGCUGAAGACUUCCAGCGACUGGCGCGCGACGCGAUUGAGGGCCGGUAUAGCAACGAGCGCUUCUUUGGAGGCAUCGAUGAGGAGAACAAAAAGCUCCGUGCCAAGCUGCGCAACAGGAACCGCGCUUUUGACGUUGUUAUGGAAGUCAAAGGCGCGAGCUACAAGAUCCGGUGGGAGAACCGAAAUGCUGCCGACGAGAAUCCAGGGGCCGACGAUGGCAACGGCGGCGAUGACAAUGACGAUGAUGACGACUCCCCGGAGUUCCCAGCCUACCUGCAGAACCUGAUCGACGAGUACGGACUGCCAAACCCGGAAGCCAAAUGCGAAACAGAGCUCAGCGCGGAGCUGCAGUCGCAGGCAUCAUUCAACCUGGGCCGCGAGUUUCCCGGUGAAGCCAACAGCGAGCUGGCCCUCCAACUGUUCAGAAAGCAGGCAAAGCCGUGGAAGGACAUCGCCUGGACUCACCUCCAGCAGGUGCUGAAGGUUAGCCAGGAGUUCGUCGAGGAGGCCUUCACGCACAUCAUCGGCGCCGACGAAACCACCUUGACAGCCGUCCUAAGAGAUUGCGUGGACCCCUUCUUCGUCGAACGAGAAGAGCUGCUACGUGAAAAGCUGCAGGAGUUGCUUCUUCCGUACGAAAAAGGUUACGGAAUGCCACUCGAAGACGAGUUCAGUUUCAGAAUGGAGGAGAAAACGCUCCGCCGACUGGCCGGUCGGCUCGUCGGUCGCCUUGGAGAACUCCACCCGGAACUGUUCCAACCAAAUGCACGCCUUACCCGGCAGAUGCUUCAGAGAGCCGUCCGCGACCUGGGCCAGGAUGAGCGGGACGAAUUUGCCACUUCAAGAGUGAUUGAUAUGGCCAUGUCUCAUUAUGAGAUGUCGUUGCGUACCUUUGUUGACAAUGUCAUUAACCUCGCAGUUGAAAGUUGCCUGGUCUGUGACAUCCCCGGCAUCCUGACGCCGAGGAAGGUGGACAAAAUGACCGCCGAUCAACUGGCGGAGUUGGCCGCCGAGUCGGACGAGGUGCAGAGUCAGCGGUUGGCUCUACAGAACGAGGUCCGCAUUCUCAGGGAGGGCCUGCGCAGGUGCCAGAGGCACAGGCCGAGAGAGCUGACAGGUGAGUCGGUGAUAUGGAACACAGGAAGCGAGUCGUUAGGAGAUUCUAGACGUUGGAUGGCGAGCCGUCGCGUCCGCCGGGACUCACAGUGGCUUUCGGCUGCUGACAGAUCCGGAUGGGGCUCGUCGGGAAUCAGCAUCGCAUCCAAAGAGAGCAGAGAGUUGUCCCAGGGCUGA